CUCGUUUCGCUGUGCUUGCGGUCGGUACAGUUUGUCGUUUGAGAUGCGAGCCACGGUACGCGAUUUUAUUACGGUCGAUGGAUCGGUAUUUCGAUACGCUGGCUGUUGUGUUUUCGUAGUUUGCUGCAUGCACAUCCGUCCAGAAGCAUGCGCUUUCGCUUAAAUGUAUAUACACACACGCGCAUUCACUGUUAAUCGUUACAACGUGCCGCCUCAAAUUUGUUUUAGACACUAGCAUAUCUCGUUUUGGUACUAUUCAACAUUGAACGCCAUGCGUAUGUUCGUUGGAACGAAUUGUUACGAGGAAAAGGAGCGGAAUAAACAUGAUUUCCAAAAGGACAUCGCAUGAUUAUUUGUCCCCACGGAGAUGAGGAUAAGAGAAAGCACGUAAUACGGAUCAUUGACGGGGACAAGGUGGGUGUAACCGAAGGACCCGUGUUUCAAGUUCCGAGAUGCGAUUCAACAAGCAAGAACUGCUGACUCUGGCUACGCAACCUUCGCAAAAAUUCGAGAAGGAGGGUAUAUUAUACGUACGCGAGCGACAAGAAGGCUUCUUUCGCAGAACAGAGAGUACAGGUAAAAAAUCUGACAACAAAUUUCAAAAGGGAAAAACGCAUAAGACACUACGAGACUUCAGUUGCGUUACUGCCAGUACGAGUAAAGUAAGUUUCGAGAGGUGGUGCAGACUACGGGGGAACCUAUUGUUUUAUUUCAAAUCGCGGGAGCAAUGGUCGGAACCGUUGGGAGUAAUAAUACUCGAGCAAUGCUUCGUUCGUGUGGAACAACCGAGCAAUCAGGUUCCCUACGGAUUCAGUAUAGUUUUCGACGGAGGUCUGUUUCAAGCGUUAGGGGCAAACACGGCCGAGGAACGAGACAGUUGGUUGCAGGCACUUCAGCUGGCCAGCUACGAGUGUAUGCGGAGUCAGCUGUUGGCACUGCGGCAACGAAUAGAGGCGUUUAGCGGGCACAAACACGACACGGACAUUCAAAUGUUACGGUUGCAACGCGGGGUCUCGACAGAUCCCGCCGAAAUACCGAUGUGCGAGGUAUCGUUGGCGUGCGACAAUCUUCUUUGCGACGGUCACGGUCGGCCACCUAAUCCCGUUCUAGAGAUAGACGUUCAGUCGAGAGGCUCGAAAAUGUGGAUCAAAUACGCGCGGACAGAAGUGGUAGAGCGAAGCAGCAAUCCCGGUUUCCUGACCACCGUGAGCUUUCGUGUUAGCGAUGGAUUGAACACUGACACGAAAGUCCGGAUAACCGCGUACGACGUGAGGGAACGCGUUAGCCAAACGGCGACGCCGAUCGGGAGCGUGAUCGUGACCCUGAACGCGAUUCAGGAUACUCCCAGGUUGAGGAUACCGUUGAAGUCCGCGAAAACGACCACCGUCGGCUUCCUGACGAUCAACGUAUGGAAUCUAGAGGCGGAGGACAAAGGUAACAGCACGGAGAGCACUCCGUCGAAGGAGUGCACAGCCGGGCCGAAUCAGCAGGUACUCGCGCACAGGCGUUCGCAAUCGUUGCCCCCGCGACUAGGAACGAAGAUCAAGUUACCGCAUCAAGGUCAGCUGAAGCUUCUUUUCGCGAAUCCACAUGUACAAACGUACAGGUUUCACUCCGGCUUAGGGGGGGAUAUCUGUGUCCACGAGAUCAUGGCCGAGAGUAAACUCUGCUUUCAGUUCCCGCAAAAUCUACUCGCGAUUUGGAUUCAAGAGGAGAAAGAAUUGCUGCAAGAAGUCGCUGGGAUGGGCGAACUACGAGAACCCUGGCACACCAAGCAAGUCGAGUUGCUCGAUCGUCACCUGCACCUUUUGCACCUCUAUUCGCAGGCUAAAGAAAAUUUGACAGCUUUCAAAGGAAGCUACUUCAAACGGUCAUCUCGCAGAAACGAUAGAACGCUCGAGUUUGCUCCUUUGAAUCUACAUCUUCAACGAAUGUGGGUUCACAAUGACACCUUGAACAAGUGCGGAUUUUACGACUUUAUAACGGUCGGAGCGUUCACCGCGCAUUCCCAUAAAAACAAGAACGGAGGUCUCAUAAGAUUGGUGCAAGCCUUGAAAGAAUCGCCGACCCGAGGCAGUCAGUUGUACCAAGGAACCUCGAAGAUCACGAUGGCGCACGACGCGAUACAAGCGAUCAAGCAACUUCGCCGGGACGUGGUCGACGCGAUGCGUGCUCUGAUGAAACUGGCGAAAGAGAAGCAAACCAGCGGCAUGUUGCCGAUCUGCGAGGAUAUGAUCACGAAAACCAGGAUUCUGCUCAGUCUCUGGGACCCAGGUCUGGUCGAGGAAGCAUUAACCUUUCUCGAGGAACACAAACUCGCCAAGGUCCCCGAGGAUGCCGACGAAGACAUCCAUAAUCUCGAGCUGAAAGCGAACCAGACCUUGUCCCCCUUCAAGCGUAUCACUCAGCAAUUGAAUUUCGACUUGAAAAGUCCGGAUUUCGAUGAUUUCGUUACACCGGACACACCGGAAUACGUGAGAGAUCUGUGGAUGAAGGAGAACGAGAAGAACAGUUAUCCGUCGUCGUUCUUCUCGCUGGGCAAUUGCGUUGCUUCCAAACGUAUUAGUCCAAUCGAAAACGACGACGAAGCGACGAUCCAAGAGAAUUUCUUGAUAUUUCCGGCCGCUGAGAAGAGUAUCGACAGAGACACGGAAAUGAAAUUGUACGUGGAGACGUGUCGCAGUGCCAUUAACGUCGGUCACCCGGCAACUAUCGCGGAGCACAACGAAAACGAUGGUAAUGACAAUCACAGCGUUCCCGACAACGAUGUCGACAACGAGAACGCGAAUCGUAAUACGAACGCAAACAGCACGAUCGUCGAGGUAGAGGAGAACGAAGAGAAAGAGGAGAUGAAGGGCGAGAUCGAUCCGUGUAAACGAUUUUUGGACACGCAGAAAAUGUGCAAUUCACCGUCCGCGAAUUAUUACAAGCCGACGGACGAACCAGAACCGUGGGAUCUGACGCAGUUGAACAUCGAGGCGAGCGUGAUGUGCCUGGUGUCGAAAGUGAAAUUUCUUUGCGGUAGAUGCAGCAGUCCGGCUGUACGUUUGCGUAACAAGAAUAUUGUCGGGCGUUCGCAAAGCUUGAAAGGAUGCCAUACGAAUGUCACGAAUCAAAUCGCGGCAGUUGUGACGAUUCAACCGAAGAACGAUAUCAAGAACGACGAGUCGAGUAAGCUUCUCGACGGUGUGGAGAAUCAUGUUAUCGCGCGUCAACAUUCCAGUCCUGGAUCUGAAAAAACGACGCCGGCUUUAUCGAAAGCCAAAGAAGUGUGCCAGGCGGUCGACUCGAUGACAAGGGUGAUCAAAAGCAAUUCAGGGCACAGAAAUAAAUUCACCGAGGGUCUGGACUUCGCCUCGAUCGUCGAUUGGACGAGCGAGCUCAGGCCAAGUAUGAAGAAGCUAAGACAAGCUAUGGACGGGCUUUUGAAGACCGCUAGGUUAACACAUUCGGUGUUCAGAGUGCAAGAGGAUGCAAAGACGGCGCAGCGUACUUGUAACGUUCGUUACAGGCGUGAUGUGUGUUUCAGUCAAGCGUUGACCAGCUUGGUGUCAGGCAUAAUGGCGAAGUUGUGGUGUCAAAGGCCGGAUCCCAUGUUUCUAUUAAUUUUAACAACUCUUGGCCCUUUGGUCUCGUUCGAGGGUCUUCUGAGCUAUUACGGGGACGAGAUAGACAUGUGGGGGGACAUGGCCGUCGCAGUAGAGGAUAUGCACACGGUCACCUUCACCUUGACCAGAUGCGGCAUUCAGUCAAGACUCGAGGGGAACUGCAACGUUUCAUUGACGCAACUGCCACUACCGAGAGUAGUCGGCUCCCGCGCCGCGUUAACGGUGAUGCUUCCCGUGCCGGAUGCGAUUUAUUCUCUGCUGCCGUUGGUACCCUCCGCUAGACAGACAAUUUCGUUCAACAUCACUCCUGUGUUUUUCAACGUCGGGAUAAACGAGAUGGCAUCCCUCGCGGAGAGCCUCGGCACCACGAAACCACAAGAGAAGAGCAACAUGGACAAUUUCGACCGAUUAAACGAAUAUUAUCUGCGAUUCAAAAAGCUGAACCUGCCUACAGAGACGGCGUCGACUCGACUCGGUACGAGAUCGCCGCUCGGUCAAACGUUGGCGGAGCUAAUGGCCAAUCUGAAGACGAGCGUCCAGGCCAAAGUGAACAAAAACGUCGAGAUCCUGCAGCUGUCCUCGCAGAUUUGUCGACGAAUGCGCGGACUCAGAUUCACCAGUUGCAAAAGCGCAAAGGAUCGCACCGGAAUGUCGAUUACCCUCGAGCAAGUGAACAUUUUGACCAGCGAGUAUCAUCUGGCCGAGCACGAAUUCACCAGAGCUCUUGACUGUAUGCGUAGCGAGGGAUGCCGUCGAGAAAACACCUGGAAGAAUAUCGGGAUUCGGAAAUACGCGUUCAAUAGCCUGCAAAUUCUGACGCUUCCCAAACUGUAUCGUCCACCUACGGGAACCUACGGAUCAGCACAAACGUAAAGGAACAACGACACGCACGACGAUGAUGAUUCGUUCGAGCAUCACUUCUUCCACAGUGCAUCCCUCUUUCGUCGUAACGAAUGUGUCCAAAAUAGCGUCUACCGAGUAAGCUCGUUCUUCACAGAGCGAACGUCCCUUAGUUCUGUCAGAUACAUAUAUAUAUAUUCUAUUCAUUCGAUUCGUUGAACCGAUGGAAGAAAAACGAGAGUGCCAUUUACUAGUGUAUCGCGUGUUAGCACGAGAUUAGGAGAGACCUAUACAUAUGACCGUUGGAUUCGUGGAAAAAGUGUAUUUUUAUUAGUUCUGUACAUAAAAUUUCACUCGGAAGGAUAAGAAUCGUGUAAUGCAUCGGUCGGUUACUUCGAAAACGGAAGUAUCGUGAUCACCCUUGCACUUAUAUGUCAAGGUGGGCAUCGACUUGUUCUGUAUCAACGUGGACGGGCAAGUGUUUCAUCGUUGCGUAGGAAAAUGUAUCGUAUGAUGAUACGCAACGGUGAUACGAUACGAGUAUACGCAACAAAUGGAUACACACCUUUACGGGGCGCGCACGGUGAUUAUCGGUGAACAUAUGGUUUCUUCGCGACAACGGGCAAAAAGGUUGCCUUCUGUUUCUCGUUUCUCAGGAAGAAGAUCGAUUAAUGGCGGACAAAUAUACACCGAAAAACUAAUCGACUUCAGGCGCGAAUCUCUUCAAGAUUCGAUAACGUUCGAUUGUAUCGAAUUGCACCGUAUUCGUGACGAAUUGCUACGUCGCGUUAAUCCCAAUACCGGUCAUUCGCGGUGCAUUCUCGUCGGUAUACGGUGCCCCCCCCCCCUAAAAAAACGGUACCUUAAGAACGGUACUUUCUUAGAAACAUAGGAUUUUA